AUGAGUUCCGAGGAUCCCGGAGAAAUUUCGCUUUCUGAAUUGCUGAAGAACCCCAAUCCACUCGCACGAAAUCCUCUCCAAAUUGGACAGAGUAUAUUUUAUGAUCCUAAUGAGGAGGAUUUUCAUAAAAUUCUACAAACCCUACAAUUUCAAUGUGAACAAGAAAAUGAGAAAUUGAAUAAAUUACGUUCUUUGACGGAAUAUUUUCAACAACAAAAUCAGGAAAUGGAUGAAAAUAAAAAGAGAAUUACUUUAUUGAUGGCGGAAGAACAGCUAUUGAGUCAAGAAAUUGAAAAACAAAGGCAAUAUCAGCAGAAUGCGAAUACGAGAAUUCGUGUGCUAGGCGAACUUUCGGUGAGAAAACACGUUCAUGAGACGGUCAAACAAUAUAAAAAAGCAUUGCCGCAAUUGAUUCGGGAAGUAAAAGACACAAAAGAACAGAUCACGCGAGAAAGGGAAACUCUAAAUUUGAAUAAUGCUAUCCACCAAAUUUUAUCGGAAAGACUCGAACAACUUGUUGAUAAACGUGUUACACGGGAAUCUGAAAUUCGGUAUGGAACAUAUUUUCUGAGCAGUUUUACUUUUUCUAUACUAAGGUCAGUUAUUACAAGUAGCAGUGAUCUUCGAGAGAGACUUGAGAAUGUUCAAAAUUCCUUUAAUGAGUUAAUUAAAGAAUUGAACAAUUUCGUUGAACAGAACUUUGAGAAAAAAAAGAGUGCGUAA